ACGAUGGCGAGCUACCAGCUAGUGUUUGUUUUAGUUGCGUUUGUGCUGGGUGUGUGGGCUGACAACUACGUGACCAAGUACGAUAACAUCAAUCUGGAGGAAAUUUUCAACAGCCAGCGCUUGAUGGAUAACUACAUGAACUGCCUCAAGAAAGUCGGACCCUGCACGCCCGAUGGACGAGAGCUAAAAGACAACCUUCCCGAUGCGCUGAUGAGUGAUUGCGCGAAAUGCUCCGAAAAGCAGCGCAUCGGUUCGGACAAGGUGAUCAAGUUCAUCAUCGCCAACCGGCCGGACGAUUUCACGAUCCUCGAGCAACUGUACGAUCCGACGGGUGAGUACAGACGGAAGUACUUGCAAUCAGACGGAUCCGGUGACCAAACGGAUGAGGAAGAGAGCGACCGAUCGGCAAGUGGUGGCGGAACCGAUGUGGUUGAGACCCACGCAUCCGAUCAUAACUCUUCGCAGUCUCAAGAUCACGACCACGAUCACGGUGAAGGACGAACGGAUUGCACUAUCGCGAAUCCACAACGUCUCUUUUCAAAAGGUUUCUCGAUCGCAUACUACGAACCCGCACAACGUUCAACCAUGAAGCUGAUCAUCGUUGUUGCCCUUGCCCUGGUCGCUGCUGUGGCGGCGCAAAAGUACACCAGCAAGUACGAUAACAUCGACGUGGACGAGAUCCUGAAGUCGGACCGGCUGUUCAACAACUACUACAAGUGUCUGCUGGACGAGGGCCGUUGCACCCCGGACGGUAAUGAGCUGAAGAAGAUCCUGCCGGAAGCUCUGCAGACGAACUGCGCCAAGUGCAGCGACAAGCAGCGUAGUGGAGCCAUUCAGGUGAUCAACUACCUUAUCGACAACCGCAAGGAUCAGUGGAACGUGCUGCAGAAGAAGUACGACCCGGAGAACAAGUACAUCGAGAAGUACCGCGAGGACGCCAAGAAGGAGGGCAUCAAGUUGGAAUAAUGCGAAGGAUGUAACCGUCGCAUGGACGCCCGGAUAUCGGCAAGGGCGUGAUGGCUAUCUAAGCCGCUUACUUUCCUAGUGCUGAACAAACUACAAAAAGAAAACAAUCACCUCAACCUCGAACCUGACCGACCAAAGGUGGAGGCCUUGUUUACUGCGGUUUCCUAUGGAAUGUCCUAUGGAACUUCUUCGUCCAUCUACUCUACACCAAGGACAACGCACGUAUUCGAUAGGAAGCGGAGGAACUUACGAGAAGUUUUCGUGAAAGCUUCAUCGUUAUUUAACUAACUACCGUUGUGAUAUCGUUGCUUUUAGAGCCAAAUGCUGUUAAAAAGCCAUCUUCAUGUUUGUUUCUGUUCGAUAUUUUUAUUUUUGUUAUAUUAGUCUUACUCCUACAUCUAUACGAAAUUAUUCGCCAAAUUAACGGAAAUCCUACAACAGCAUCCGGAAGUAUACAUACAAUAAAAAUAAAAAGCUUUUUUAAAAUAAACAA